ACCACCCUGUGAGCGGGUGUUGUUUGAGCUGUGGUGAGGCCUCCCUGGUGACAUCCAGGAGCAGGGAGCCUGUGGGUCGGGGUGUGUGCACCUGCCCGGACUGAUUGGCCCUGUGGUCCAGGAUGGAGGAAGGGAGCUCUGCCUGCAGCCACCCCAUUUAUAAAGCAUUGUGGUGCCUUCGGUGGGGGUGUGUGCUGAGGGUUACCUCACAGGCACUGCCCUCGGGAAGUUCACAGGCUUGUGUAGAAGCUGGUGGGAAUGUGCCAAGAACAGAGGUGCCAGGAGCCAGGUAUUGGGCAGGUCCCAGGUCUCUGAGCUUCAGUUUCCUUACCUGUAGGAGGUUGGUGACCCUGCCCUGCUCAGCUUACCAGGUACAGGUGUAAGUUUUCAGUACAGAGGAAAAGCAGAGACCUUCCCCUCAGAUAGCCGUCGUGUUCACUGUACUUAACUCUCUUGUCUUGCUUUGUAGCUCUCAGGUGUCACAUGUGGAUCCUGCCCCACUAUCCCUCUUCCCUGUCUAGAAAUGAGGCCUGCUGAGCUUGGAGCCAUCCCAGCAGGACUGGGGGUGUCAGGGGCAGCUCUGUCCCAGGCUGUAGACACUGGGUUUCCCUCCUGCUCUCACAACCAUCCUGUGACCAGGUGUUGUUUGAGCUGUGGUGAGGCCUCCCUGGUGACAUCCUGGAACAGGGAGCCUGCGGGUUGGGGUGUGUGCACCUACCCAGACUGACUGGCCCUGUGGUCCAGGAUGGAGGAAGGGAGCUCUGCCUGCAGCCACCCCAUCCCACUCCUCGCUCUCAAGACGUCUGCUUCUGGGUUAGCCUAUGGCCAGCCUGGCCUGAUUCUACGCAGAUGUGGGUGUUUCUCCACGGCUGGUGUAGCCGUUACCCUUCCUGGGGCCUAGGUCAGCUCUCAGGUGUGGCUGUUGUGCCUGGGCUUCCUUAAGGUUCUGGUAAUCAUUCUAACCCUGACUUCACAUAUCCCAGGAGCCGGCUGACUGUCUUCCUCAUCUUUCCAAUAACUGCUGCAAGAAGGAACAGACACUGCUGCAGAGAACUUGUCAUGGUGUUUCAUGCUGUGGCUGGUGGUGCCAGGCUGCACGCUCCAUUCUAGGGAAGGGCUGGACCUUGGAGAGUGAGGCCCUGAGGCAAGUCAUGGGCACCUGGCUCCUAACCUACAUCUGCGUCUGCACCUGUGUCUGCUCAGGAGUCUCCGUCCCAGGGGAAGGACGAGGGCCAAGGGCUGGAACCUUCACCUGCCUCACCAACAACAUCCUCAGGAUCGAUUGCCACUGGUCUGCCCCAGAGCUGGCCCAGGGCUCCAGCGCCUGGCUCCUCUUCACCAGCAACCAGGCACCUGGCGGCACACAUAAGUGCAUGUUGCAGGGCAGUGAGUGCACUCUACUGCUGCCACCCGAGGCGGUGAUCCUGCCAUCUGACAAUUUCACCAUCACUUUCCACCACUGCGUGUUUGGGAGGGAGCAGGUCAGCCUGGUGGACCCGCGGUACCUGCCCCGGAGACACGUUAAGCUGGAUCCACCCUCUGACUUGCAGAGCAAUGUCAGCUCUGGCCACUGCAUGCUGACCUGGAUCAUCAGUCCUGCCUUGGAGCCAAUGACCACACUUCUCAGCUAUGAGCUGGCCUUCAAGAAGCAGGAAGAGGCCUGGGAGCGGGCCCAGCACAGGGAUCACAUUGUUGGGGUGACCUGGCUUAUACUUGAAGCCUUUGAGCUGGACCCUGGCUUUAUUCAUGAGGCCAGGCUACGUGUCCAGAUGGCCAUGAUGGAGGAUGAUGUGGCGGAGGAGGAACGUUAUGCAGGCCAGUGGAGCGAGUGGAGCCAGCCUGUGUGCUUCCAGGCUCCCCAGAGACAAGGCCCUCUCAUCCCACCCUUGGGGCGCCCAGACAACAUCCUUAUUGCUGUGUCUGUCUUUCUCCUGCUGACUGGCCUGAUCUACCUUCUGUUCAAGCUGUCACCCAGGGUGAAGAGAACCUUCUACCGGAACGUGCCCUCUCCAGCGGCAUUCUUCCAGCCCCUCUACAGUAUGCACAAUGGGAACUUCCAGACUUGGAUGGGGGUCCACAGGACCGGCGUGCUGCUGAACCAAGACUCUGCUGGCACCUCACGAGGAGCCUUGGAACCCAGUGUCCAGGAGGCCAUUGCACUGCUCACCUGUGGCCCACUGUAUCCUUGGAAAUCUGUGUUCCUGGAGGAGGAGCAGGAGAACACCGGGACCAGCGUCCUGGGGAACCUGACCUCAGAGGAUGUGCUGCCAGCAGGGUGUACGGAGUGGAGGGCACAGCCGCUUGCCUAUCUGCCACAGGAGGACUGGACCCCCAUGUCCCCCACCAGGCCAGCUCCCCCAAACUCAGAGGGCGGCAGCAGCAGCAGUGACUACUGUGGUGUCUUGGACUGCUACAGGGGAUGCCACCCCUCAACCCUCCCUAGAAACAUGCAGAGCUCUGGGCCCAUCCCAACCAUGGCCCGUGGCCUUUCCUGUGAGCAUCAGGGCCUGGAGACCCAGCAAGGAGGUGCCUGGAUGCUGGCUGGUCACUGCCAGAGGCCCGGGCUGCAUGAGGACCUCCAGGGCAUGUUGCUCCCUCCUGUCUUCAACAAGCCUCGGUCCUGGACAUUCUAGGUCCCUGAUGCAUCAUGUCCAUUUGGGAAAAUGGACUGAAGUCUCUGGAGCCCUCGUCUGGGACUGAACCUCCUGAGAAGGGACCCUUAGCAGUGUUCAGAGGUCCUGUCUGGAUGGAGGCUGGAGCUGGUCCCAGUGUUUUUCUGAUCCUCCUUUCUAGAGAUUAAAAGGGGCUUGAUGGCUGUUGCAAAGUAUUGAUAACUGGAAGGAGGGGCCAAAGGAGGAGUGAGGGGUAGGGUUUGACCAGUCCCGGGCUUUCUGGGCUCUAGAACUAGCACAGUGGAGGCUCAAUGACUUCUGGGGACAGCAGUGCCUUAAGGAGGGUGCCAUGCAUAAUUUAUGGGUUAGGUGAGUGUCAUCACACAUAUGGGGGGCGGUGAUCAGAUGCAGUAAAGAAUCAUGCUAACACAUACGUUGCAUGAUUAGAAAAUGGCAAUAAGCUCUUCCCUGGGUGGAGACUUUAGUAUUAUCAUGAGGCCAGGGGUAAGUAUUAUCAUAAGGCCACGGCCAUUCUCCUGGUCUUGUGCACCAGCAGGUGACAGAGUCAACUCCCUUAUGGUGGGAUGAUGCUUCUCUUAUUUUUUUCUCAGACAGUUGGCAAGGUCUGGUCAGUUAGUAUGGCACCUGGAGGGCGAUGCUGCAAGGUCUGGUGGUCAGUGGGCAUGUAUGGAACACAUUAGUGGGAGUGGGGCAAGUCCCAUUUCUGCUCUGUCUCAGCAGGCGUACGCUCCCUCUGAAGGUACUAAGGAAGGAUCAGUUUCAGGCCUCUCUUCAUCUUCUGUUAGUUUCUUGGCUUGUGACAGCAAAGCUCCAAUCUUUUUUGUUUUGUUUCGUUUUGUUUUUGAGA